AAAUGUGGAAAAAAAGGUCAAAUCUGCUCCCUGGUGGUCACAGCAGGAACUGCACCUUCACACCAGCUGCCCGCUCUGUUUCAGUUUCCUGGCCAAUGGCAGAGCGAGGAGCGCAUCCAAUCCGGUCCAUGAUGAGGAGGCUCCGCCCACCGCCUCCACAGAGCUGAAGGCACACACACACCGACACACACAGAAGAAGAAGAAGAAGAAGAAGGGGCAUCAGGUUCCAGCGGAGGUGACCAGAGAGCACUGCCCACCUGUAGCUCCGCCCCCAGCAGAGUCCUCCCUGGGUCAGCGGCUUCCUUUCCCAGCAUUCCCUCUGAGGGCCCCCCCAGGACCUGCCCCGGCCCCGGGCCCCAUCCAGGCCGCCGCCCCUCCGGCCGAGUACCAUUCAGACUCUGCAGAGUCCCUGGAGGAAAUCCCCGUGGCGCUGGCCAAGCUGGGCUCCUCGUCCUCCGGAGACGUCGCCAGGGCAUCUCGCCAGCCGGACCGAGAGGCCCGCGGCCCCCUGCCGGACCGGCCCGAUCCAGCACUCCACAAGACCAGGAAGAAGAACCCGUCCUGUCGAGGGAACAGAACCACAGCCCAACUGAGGUUUGAGAUGGCGUCAGCGCAGCCGCCGUCCGUGUUCGUCAGCCGCGCCAGCGGAGAGACGGCCGAAGUCCUCAGCUGGACGCAGAGCGGGUCCAGAGCCGUUCUGGAGUCCUGACCAGGUCCAUUGGUUCUGGUCCAGCCUCCUGUACCGAGUUCUGACCUGAAACAGCAGCUGCUGUUGGACAGGGACUUUUAUUAUGAAGGGUUGUGUGUAUUUAUUGGUGGACAUGACUUUUAAUUUGAAAGCCAAAGUGACUUCCUGUGAGUUCCAACCACAUCAGAUCAGAUGCUGUUCAUCGGGUUUAGUCAAAGCAGGUCAAGGUGCUACACAUGAUCAAAUGUUAUUGUUGCUGUUUCCUUAGCAACCUUGUCUCCUGGUUUCCAUGGUAACGCAGACUCGAUCAAUAUAUUUGGUGAAUCAAUCCGAUGACUUCAGCUCAGUGUUUCACAGCCAUCUGUGUGGCGAUGCCCGGUGACUAAACUGUGAACUGCAGCUCAAAGAAAGCAGAACACUGAGGUUUCCAGGUCAAAGGUCGUUUUUACUCUGCUGUGCCUCUUUUCAUCCUCCUGCUUCUGACCUGAAGUCUGAAUCUGUCAAUGUGAACUGCUCCUUUAAAUCUGAGUAGCAAGGGGGCGGAGUUACCUGUGUGAUGUCACUGUUUGCAAUAAACUAUGACCCAAGUC